AGAGUUUCCGGUAAUGGUCGCAGUCUCGCUGCUGUUGUGUUGAGACGCAGAUAAACACAGCGGGAGGAUUCGGGCUGAAAUAUCGAGUUUUAUUGGGUAUUAAAUCUGCAGAUUUUACUAUUUUAACCACAGAGAGAGUUUAAAACCCGUUUAAAACGCUCUCGCUGUGUUUAAGGCGGUUCCGGGGCUGUUUUAAAGCGCUAUUAGGAGCUGGUAGCAGGUAGCGGGAGCUGUCCGGGUCUCUGCCCGACAUGAACGUCGACACCCCCCAGCCCGUCUCCAGCGGAGCGGCGGCGAACUCCUCCGCAUCCGGAGGCAGCAGCAGCAGCAACUGCCUCCCCAACAGCAACUCCACAGCGAACAGCGGCGGCAGCGGCAUCCCCUCCGCGUCCGGCGGGAACGUGCCGACCUCAGCUGCAAUGGCAACACCAUCCUCAGACUCUUCGGUCUCCAACGGACUCUACGUGCCCACAGGAAUAGCCAAUGGAGACGUGAAGCCCGUAGUAUCAACCACACCACUGGCUGAUUUCCUGAUGCAGCUGGAAGAUUACACUCCUACAAUUCCAGAUGCUGUUACCGGUUAUUAUCUCAACCGGGCUGGCUUUGAAGCAUCAGAUCCGAGAAUAAUUCGACUGAUCUCCUUGGCGUCACAGAAGUUCAUCUCGGACAUCGCUAAUGACGCUCUGCAGCACUGUAAAAUGAAGGGCACUGCUUCUGGAAGCUCCAGGAACAAAACAAAGGAUAAGAAGUACACACUGACGAUGGAGGACCUGAGCCCAGCUUUAUCAGAGUACGGCAUCAACGUUAAGAAGCCCUACUAUUUCACAUAGUGACUUCUUUCACAAACGAACUGCUGAAAAUAUAAGAUGGAUUAUGAGCUCCUGUAAAUCACAUCACAUGUAUUUCACCAUGUGCACCACGAUAGACUGAUAAAACCUGAUUCAACUGAGUUUUUAUUUUAGUUUGUUUUUUUGUUAUUUUGUUUAAGCCAUGCUUGGUGUUUCAUCACAUGUUGGUAAACUUGGAUUGAGAAAAAUAAACAUGUUCAAUUUU